AUGAUAGCCCAGACAGAGUAUUCCAAGGAGAAAAAAGUUGGUGAAGGUACUUAUGCGGUGGUUUACGUUGGGACAAAGCAGUCGAAUGAACGCAGAAUUGCCAUCAAAGAAAUCAAGACUUCAGGUUUCAAGGAUGGAUUAGAUAUGUCUGCUAUACGGGAAGUGAAAUAUUUGCAAGAGAUGCAACAUGUGAACGUUAUCGAACUGAUCGAUGUCUUCAUGGCACAGAGCAACUUGAACUUGGUGCUGGAGUUUCUGCCGGCAGACUUGGAAAUGAUCAUCAAAGAUACGUCUAUUCUUUUCACGCAAGCCGAUAUAAAAUCCUGGCUGUUGAUGACCCUGAGAGGUGUUCAUCACUGCCAUCGUAAUUUCAUCUUGCAUCGAGAUCUGAAGCCUAAUAAUCUAUUACUUGCACCAGACGGACAGCUGAAACUGGCAGAUUUUGGGCUGGCAAGAAACAUGGGGUCGCCACAAGAGUUUCUGACCAGUAACGUUGUCACCAGGUGGUACCGUGCCCCGGAGCUUCUGUUCGGUGCACGCCACUAUACUGGAGCCGUCGAUAUUUGGUCUGUUGGUAUAAUCUUCGCUGAACUUAUGCUGAGGAUACCUUAUUUGCCCGGAAAGGAUGACGUGGACCAAAUAGAUGUUACGUUUCGCGCUCUGGGGACUCCGACCGAUAGAGAUUGGCCCGAAAUUUCGACUUUCGGUACUUACAACAAAAUUCAGGUUUAUCCACCACCUUCUCGUGAAGAGUUGAGAAGAAGGUUUAUUGCGGCUACUGAAAAUGCUCUCGACGUCAUGUCUGGGAUGCUCACAAUGAAUCCACACAAGCGUUUAAGUCCCAUACAAUGUCUCACCAGCGAGUACUUUGUUGAGCUUCCGGAGCCCACAAUCCCCUCUGAACUGCCGAAACUCAAACAAAAAUGA